GCUGACAAAAAUAAAUAACAGUAACAAGGAAGCUGGUGUUUUUCUUUCUUUAUGCGUCAAAAAAGAUGAAGUUUGCCACGGUGGUCGUGUUUAUUGUUUACUGCUGUUGUUCUCGUGCUGUGACGGACAACAACCAGCCGAUCCAGACGUUUGUGAUUCCCCACAGUCACAUGGAUGUUGGCUGGGUUUACACCAUUCAGGAGAGCAUGCAUGCUUAUGCAGCCAACGUGUACAGCAGUGUGACCGAGGAGCUGUGGAAGCACAGAGAGCGCAGGUUCAUCGCCGUGGAGCAGGAGUUCUUCCGGCUGUGGUGGGACACCGUGGCCACCGAUUCCCACAAGAAGCAGGUCCGACAGCUUGUUAAAGAAGGUCGCCUGGAGUUCAUCAUCGGAGGCCAAGUGAUGCACGACGAGGCCGUGACCGAUCUAAAUGACGAGAUCCUGCAGAUGACAGAGGGCCACGGCUUCCUGUACCAGACCUUCGGCGUCCGGCCGCAGUUCUCCUGGCACGUGGAUCCGUUCGGAGCUUCCACCACCUCGCCGGUGUUGUUCGCCCUGGCCGGGUUCAACGCCCACCUGAUCUCCCGCAUCGACUACGACCUCAAGGACAGCAUGCAGAAGAACAAGAAACUACAGUUUGUGUGGCGAGCGUCUCCUUCCUUGAAAGCCCGGCAAGAAAUCUUCACUCACACCAUGGACCAGUUUAGUUACUGCACUCCGUCCCACCUGCCGUUCUCCAACAGCUCUGGUUUCUACUGGAACGGAGUGGCCCUGUUCCCUGACCCCCCUAAAGACGGCGUGUACCCCAACAUGAGCCUUCCGGUCACCAAAGACACCAUCGGUGCCUACGCCAAGACCAUGGCGGAGAACAUCAAGCAGAGGGCGGCGUGGUUCAGGACAAACCACGUGCUCUGGCCGUGGGGCUGCGACAAACAGUUCUACAACUCAUCCGUGCAAUUCGCCAACAUGGACCCCCUGAUGGCGUACAUCAACCAGAACGGCCAGGAGCUCGGGGUCACGGUGCAGUACGCCACCCUGAGCGAGUAUUUCCAAGCCGUCCACAAGUCUGGUCUGGUUUGGGACGUCCGUGGGAAUGAGGACUUUCUGCCGUACUCAACAGAGCCUUUCCAGGCCUGGACGGGGUUUUACGCCUCCAGAAAUGUCCUGAAAGGACUGGCCCGACAGGCCAGUUCCCGGCUGCACGCAGCGGAGACGCUCUUCGCCAGGUAUCGAGUCGACUUCCCAGACGGGCCUGUGGCCAACGCCUGGGCUCUGGACAAGCUCAGAGCUCUGCGCUGGGCCGUGUCUGAGGUGCAGCACCAUGAUGGAAUCACUGGAACAGAGUCUCCCAAAGUCGCAGACAUGUAUCUGCAGCAUCUCCUGCAAGGCAUGAUGGGAGCAGAAGAGCUGCUUGCUGCACUUUUUCUGCUGCCUCAUAAUAUGGAAGUUCCCGGCUUCCUGGACCGGCGCUACCACAGAAGAGGAGUCCAUCAGCCGUUGGAGCAGCACGUCAUUGUUUACAACCCUUUAGCCUGGAACGUCACCGCCAUCAUCAACGUCACGGCGGCGUUCCCGAGUGCAGCCGUGUUCGACGAGGACGGACACCCCGUCCCUGCACAGAUCCAAAGGUCGGCAGAGUCCAACGCCUCGUACGACCUCUUCGUGAUGGUGGAACUCGGAGGCCUUCAGUAUAAGAAAUACUCGAUCCGGUUCUCUGAGGGCCCGUGCCGCGGAGAAUCCAGAUCAGCCUGCGCCUAUGAAGCUAAAGGGGUUUUGUUUGAGAGGCGCCGCGUGAAGGAGUGGGAGAAAACAGGCCGGCGGCUUCUUCCCGUUCUCAACGAGUGCUACAAGCUGAUGUUCGACCAGGACACCAACCUGCUGCACAGCAUCACCUAUUUCUCAGAAAAAAGGCGGCUGAGGCUGACGCAGGAUUUCUGGGAGUACGAGGCGAACGGAGACAUCAAGGCGGGGCCGAUCUCCGACAACUACAUCUUCAGCGCCAACGGUUCGGCCGUGCGAGCCUACAAGGCGGUGGAGAUGGAGAUCAUCCCCGGAACCCUGGUCACAGAGGUCAGGCAGUACUUCUACAGAGAGGAGGACGAUAAAGAUUACGCCUAUUCAAUCACCACCCGUGUCCCAGAAUGCUCUGGGGCCAGGCUGCCGUGCUACAGGCUGGAGCAGACCUACUCGCUGGGACCCCUUCGCCUCAACACCGAGGUCGUCCUCAGGACCAGCUCUGAGCUGAAGAGCAACAAAACUCUGUACACAGACGACAACGGCUACCAGAUGAUGAAGAGGACGUUUAGGAAAUACGUCAACAACACUCUGGCGAGGAACUUCUACCCCAUGGUUCGGACGGCCUACAUCCAGGAUGAGCGGAGCCGGCUGGUGCUGCUGAGCGACAGCGCUCAUGGCGUCAGCAGCCAGGACAGCGGACAGCUCCAGGUCAUGCUCCAUCGGCGGCUGUGGAACAACCUGCCCUGGAACCUGGGCUACAACCUGACCCUGAACGACAGCUCCGUGGCGAGGCCGUCCCUGUGGCUGCUGGCCGGCUCCCUGAGCGCCACCUCCAAGAUGUACCAGCGGCAGGCGGUGGAGCUGCAGCACCGGCCCGUCGUCAUGCCCAUAGACCAGCCGCAGAAACCAUGGCAAGACAAGGAGCCCAGAAACCCCUCCCCGGUGCGCUCGGUGGUCCUUCCGCCCAACCUCCACCUGCUGAGCUUCAGUAUUCCCGGGUGGAACUACAGUGCCGAUCACGACGAGCAUCUCAGAAACCUGCACUCAGGUGAGACUUUGCAUUUGGAGCCAGACUUUGAUCGCGUCUUGUUGAGAAUCAUGCACAUCUACGAAGAGGGAGAAGACCCCGAGCUUUCCAGGCCUGUCACCUUAAACUUAAAGGAAGUCCUCCAGGCCGUCGGGGACGUGGCGCAGCUGGAGGAGCGCUCUCUCACGGGGACCUGGAACGUCGCCAGUCUGCAGCGCUGGACGUGGAAGACGGCUGAUAAACCGGAGGACGCAGAGGACAAAUACAGUCCGAAGCUCGAGGAUCAGGAUUUCACGGUGACCAUCUCACCCAAAGAGAUCAGGACCUUCUUCGUCCGCUUCAGAUCCUCGAAAUUUUAGGCUGAAUGUUCGCUUCGUCUUCUGUGAAGAUCGCCAAUCAAGCUUUUUAAUAGUUGAGUCAUUUGUUACACGACUGAUUGAUGCUACGUUUUGCACAUUGUGACGAUUUGUUUAGAAGUUAAUAAAAUGAUUG